GUAAAGACUCUUUCUGUGGCUGUUAUCUGGUGACUCGAGGUUUUGGUGUCUGCCUCCGAGCGAGCGUGUGUGUCAGAGUGUGUGUGUGUGUGUGUGUACGUAUGUUGGAGGGAGAAAAGGGAUAAAGAGGGAGAGGCAAGCAACGCUCAUUCCCCCCUUUAGCCUCCCCGUCUCCCUGCUCCCUGUCACUCCAUCCUUCCUCCCCUGUCCUGGACCACCCUCCAGCCCCGCUUUGAGCCGGACCCAGGCUCCCCUCCCUCCCUCCGUCCAUCCUGCCCCCGGAACCUUUGACUCUCCUGACUUCUCCGUCCCAGCAGCCUCCGCCUCUGAGAAGGGAUCCUCUGCCGUCCCUCACCUGGACUACUGUCUGUCUGUGAACACCUCACCUGCACCACAAACUCUGAAUCAGCAGCUGAUUUGAUCCUAGAAUCCUCUGAGGACCUCGUGGAGCAAAGUGUGUCGGCCAUUCUGCUGGAAGGCUGACAGCCACAGGUUACAUGACCUGGAAGGAACAACCCAGGAUACUUUUAGGACCCCUCUUCGGCCGGACGCACCUCCCUCUCGUUGUUGCUUUCACACACUUGUUUGUCUUUAGCAUGGGCUGGUUAUCGACCUGAACUGAAGUCCAAAGGCUGAAGAACUGAUCUGUGUCCGUGUGAGACCACUUUCCUCUGGUGUCCUAUAUGAUCUGUGAACACAACACCCAGGCAAAUCUGGUGACUGGUUCACUGGAAUAUCACCACACUCCUUCUCCUUCUGAGGACCUCCUAUCACAGGACCAGUUUCUCCUUGGCAGUAUGGAGCCCACCAAAGUCCAGUCAGAGGGUGGCCUCAAUGUCACCCUGACCAUCCGCCUCCUCAUGCAUGGGAAGGAGGUUGGAAGUAUAAUUGGAAAAAAAGGAGAGACUGUAAAAAAGAUGCGAGAAGAGAGUGGAGCAAGAAUCAAUAUUUCUGAGGGCAACUGUCCAGAGAGGAUCGUCACCAUCACUGGGCCAACAGACACCAUCUUCAAGGCUUUUGCUAUGAUCGCCUACAAAUUUGAGGAGGACAUAAUCAAUUCUAUGAGCAACAGUCCAGCAACCAGCAAGCCCCCGGUCACCUUAAGACUGGUUGUCCCGGCCAGUCAGUGUGGCUCCCUUAUAGGGAAAGGAGGCUCCAAAAUUAAAGAAAUGAGAGAGUCCACAGGGGCCCAGGUUCAGGUGGCGGGCGACAUGUUGCCCAACUCCACAGAACGUGCAGUGACAAUCUCCGGGACCCCAGAAGCCAUCAUCCAGUGUGUCAAACAAAUCUGUGUGGUCAUGCUGGAGUCUCCACCUAAAGGUGCCACUAUCCCUUAUCGCCCAAAGCCUGCCUCCACACCAGUCAUUUUUUCUGGUGGCCAGGCCUACACAAUUCAGGGACAGUAUGCCAUACCACACCCAGAUCAGUUGACCAAGCUCCACCAGUUGGCUAUGCAGCAAACCCCCUUUACCCCUCUCGGACAGACCACCCCUGCUUUCCCUGGUUUGGAUGCCAGCCCUCCAGCCAGCACCCAUGAACUCACCAUUCCUAACGAUCUAAUAGGAUGCAUCAUCGGACGCCAGGGAACCAAAAUAAACGAGAUUCGACAGAUGUCUGGGGCGCAGAUCAAAAUCGCAAACGCCAUGGAGGGUUCAUCCGAGCGCCAGAUCACCAUCACGGGGACCCCUGCUAACAUCAGCCUGGCCCAGUAUCUCAUCAACGCCAGGUUCAGGGACGUGGCGGCCAUGUGGAAUGACCCCUCCUCCAUGACGACAUCCUGAAGUCGCCCCACAUCUGGUUCUCAUUCCAGAAGCUGAUCCCAAAACCGCAGCUUCACAGUUAACCUCCAUGUGUUGUCCCCUGUGCAUAACACUUAAGCAUUAGUCUGUUUUAGAACUAUAAGCAGAUUACUGCAUUUUCCAAAAAAGUGUCAAAUCAUUCCUUUAGCUAUUUAUUUAGCAUGUAUCAUUCCAAGAACUAUUUCUUUUCGUGGUUACUAUAUUAGAUAAUUUUGCCUAUUCAGUCCUAUUGUGUCAUUGUCUGCAAAGAUUAAAAUUAAUAAAAAAGUGGAAAUAAAAAAAAAAUACUAAGAAAAAGAACACUAAGAACGACUGCCAUAGAGCAACGCUGUUAGGAAGACGAGCGAUGUGAUGCCCCUUUUUCAGGGAAGUUAUAUGUAGAUAUUUCAUGAUGCAAAUUCUUUUUUUCUUUCUUCAUUUGAAUGCAUGGUUUCAUGAGAGGGUUUGUACGGUUUCGUUAAGUUGCUGUAGAAAUGUUUUACGCAAUGGAAAAAUAUGUGUCUGCAGGACAAGUGUGGCAGGAGAUCCAAGCACAAAGGCAGCUGCUGCAGCAUAACCUCCACAUUCAAGCAAAUCUUAUUCUUAUUUCACACUCGUUUCAUUUUCUCUGGCUUCAUAUUUCUGUUCCACUGCCACCGCAUCGCCUUGUUUCACCCCACGUUUUUAACACGUCACUGUGCUGUUCCUGCUGGAACCUGAGAGCAAAGAGUUCGGUUAGAAUCAAAGCCCACAUCAUUAUACGCUGACUUCACAUCUUAGACGAUGCAUUACUCAACACAAAUAUUCAACAAGUAACUUUAAACAACUCGGACUGACUUCACCUUCCAUGAAGUUAGUGUCCUACUAUAGAAUGCUCUGCAUGAUGACAAAGCCUUGCACAUUUAAAAUUAAUGUAAAAUGAUACGUGUGGAGGCCGGCUGGAGCAGGGCACUGGGGUGGAUGUGGGUCUGACUGCAGUUUGUGUGUAAGUCACGCUAAUGCACAAAUAUCAGUCACUUCUUAGUUCGGUGACAAAACUGUGAGAAGGAAAAAUGAAAACACGUCAAGUAUCUGAUCACAGCGAAGACUGAAAUUUCAAUGCAUGCAUUUAAUGAAGCCCAUUUUAUUCACCUAUACUCCACAGCCAUGCAAUCAUGUUAUCCACGCCGCCAUCUCACAGCAACGACAAGAGGCAUGAGCUGCUCGCAGAGCUCCGAGGGCUGCCUGUUUGCAUUCACAUCCCACUGGUUUCAGGAGCUAAGUGCACAUCGAGGGCGGGUUAAAAAAGCUCCUGGGAUGUGAGACUCAUGAUCAUGAUGUCUGUUCGUUCGCUCCUUCCUCACACCUGUUACAGUCAUUUCACAUCCAGUACAGGCAGCGUGCUCCUGGUUCUAAAACGCUGGCUUCUUCAUAUAAAAGAAUGAAAACGUGUAUUUGCAUAUAUUUGUGUUUGGUGCUACUUUGUGGUUCUUUUGGUUUGUUCCAGACAGAAACAGUGAGUGGCCCUGUUGUUCAAUCUAACACUGAAUGUAUUUAAAUAUUAACAUUUGGAUUACAACACAUUAAUCUGAGGAGUACAAUGGAAAAAUGAUUAAGAGUUGGGGAGUUUGCUCUCACACUACGUAUACAUAGAACUACAUACGUGUUAUUUUCUAUUGAGAUGAACAUAAAAUGACCAGGCCUCACUAAGUGUUUAAAAAGGUUCUGCCUUUUACUGAAUAUUGUCAUAGAGAUAUAGAAGAAACGGAGAAAAGAUUUGCUCCUUUUAAUAAGAGUUUAUUUAACAUGACUGAUGGUGAGUCCAUCUUUUCAUUUUUGUCCCACACUGACCAUUGUUUCACACUUCAUUACAUUAAGAUGUGUUCAUUGUUGUGCGCUACAGUUGUUACCAUUAAUGUCAGACUUGGAACAUUUUACCAGGACGCUGAAAAUGUUUUCCAAUUUAUCCAGAACCGGGUUUAGUUUAACCUUCUCAGUUGAGUCUGUUCAUCAGGUGCAGUGGGUUUGAACCAUCUUAGAGUAAUACCUGAACACUCCCAAGUCAGAAUGAGGAGUUUCUCAUUUUAAGGUUUGCUCUGUUCUCGUUUUGCAUCAUCAUUCAAGGAAUCCACCUUCUCCAGAAUCUGGUCUUUAAGUAGUUUAGUGUGGUGUGUAAGCUGCCAGAUCAUGGCCGUGUUUGGGCGCCUGCUGGUCUUGCAGACAGGUUAACUAACAAAGAUGCAGUCAAUUAAAAAUGUGACCAGUUUGCAAUCAUCUCAGUUGCCUUUUUCUCGGUGCAGCGGACUUUGAAAUGUGGGAGCUGAUUAUUAGACAGUUUUAGGAAAUGUGUUUGAUCGUGUUUAAGUUUUAUCAUUUACACCAUUAAGUAUCAGACUUGUUAUUUAUUGAGGUUGAUCCUGAAAUGUUUUGUAAAAAGGAGAUAAUAAAGUUUGUGUUUUUUCCCUUGA